AAAUAUUUGACGCAAUUAACAUAAGUGUUUUUAUGUUAAUUCAGUUUCAUUCAUGAUUUUUACGCAUUGAAAGAAAAUAAAUAAAUCAAAUGAACGGCAAUAAAGCAUACGGCAUGGAGGGAGGAUAUAUCAAUGAAGGAGGACAGAUGAAGAACAUCAACGGGCAGAAAUACGUGAUAAAUCACAGAGCGCACGAUGGAUAUUACGUCAGCAAAGCGUGUGCAGUGUUAUGGCUACUGUCUGCAUUGGCAGCCCUCUUAACUGUCUUUUUGUUGACUUAUUUUCUCACAGCAGCAGCUCCAAGUUGUCAGAUCCAAAAUGAUCAUUACGACACAGAUGGAACAUACGCAAGCGGAAUAGUAGGCGUCGUUGGAGAUCAUCUUCCGCGACAUUCAGAUUCUCCAAGUUCUCGCAAUGGUCGAAAUAAUGACGAUUUCGACGAGGAUUAUUACAAAGAUGAGGGUCCUGACAAGGAAAAUGAUGAAAUUAAGCUGUACGAGGGAUGGAAUCCAACGGAAUACGAUUUGGUCAUUGAGCCAAAUUUCGACAGCGGGAAGAGCAACGGAAGCGUAACUGUCAACGUAGUUCAAGAUCCGAAAGUAAAGGGACUCCAACCGAUCGUUUUCGACAUCAAAGGCAUCCGGAUCUUGGAAUCGAGCGUUUUGAAUGCCAAAACUAACGAAGCGAUGCCUUUCGAGGGAAAAGUUGAUGCCAGUAAUCAAAGUUACUUCAUGGUCUUGAAAAAAUCCAAAGAUUUGGGCAACGUGACGGUCCAUCUGGUGUUCGAGAGCAAUUUAACGGAUACUUUGCAAGGAUUUUACCGCGGCAAGUACAAAGAUGACGAAAAUUCGCGGGAACAGUGGUACGCGAGUACACAAUUUUCGCCAAUUGAUGCGAGACGAGCCUUCCCUUGCAUCGAUCGACCCGAUAAAAAAGCGAUUUUUAAGAUUUCGCUUGUGAGACCUUUGAAUAUGGAAACGUUUUUAUCGAAUAUGCCGCAUAAUGAAUCGAUCAUCGAACGUGACGGAUACAUGCGAGAAGUGUUCGAACCAACACCAAAAAUGUCAACUUACCUCAUUGCCUUCCAUUUAUCCAACUUGCAUCGAUCCAACAUCAAGCGAGAACAAGAAAUAAAUCUGCCCAUUGUCAAUAUUUAUACCCGAAAAGAGGUUUCGGAGCACACAAAUUACGCUUUUAAGCUCACCCGAAGCAUUUUAUCGUAUUUGCAACAUUAUUUCAAAAUUAACUUGAAACUUCCGAAGAUCGAUUUAGUCGCUGUGCCUGAUUUUGGAUUCCGCGCCAUGGAAAAUACCGGAUUAAUUACGUUCAAGGAAGCUGCGUUGUUAGUGCCUGAAGUUCAUCACAAAAGUGCAUCCGCUGAACAUAAAGUUGAAGUUGCGAAAGUUUUGGCGCAUGAAUUGACGCAUCAGUGGUUCGGAAAUUUAGUUACGAUGAAAUGGUGGAACGAUUUGUGGCUGAAAGAGGGAUUUGCGACGUAUUUUAGUUAUAAAUGUUUGAAUGAUAUCAAACCCGAAUGGCGCAUUCUCGAAUUUUUCCCCUUUGUCGAAUCGAGUCCUGCAAUGUGGAAGGAUUCCGACCGUUUUUCGCAUCCAAUUUCCUUCCCCGUUGAUCAUGCAUCCGAUAUUCGUCGUAUUUUCGAUCCCAUUUCUUACUCCAAAGGCGCUGCAAUUAUCCGCAUGAUCAACUCCUUUUUGGGCGAAGAUGCUUUCCAACACGGCAUCGAAUCGUAUUUAAAAGAACACGAGUACGGAAAUGCCGUUCAAGACGACUUAUGGCGCGCAUUCACUUCAGCAGGACACAAAUUCGAAACUCUCCCAACUUCGAUGAACGUCAAAAAAGUCAUGGAUACGUUCACGCUCCAAGCUGGAUAUCCCGUUUUGCAAGUGACACGCGAUGGCAAUUCCGUCAUUUUGAAGCAACAGAGAUUUAAGUUGCCCAAAUCCGACGAAAAUGACACCUCGAGUUGGUAUAUUCCGAUAACUUUUGCGACAAAAAGCAUCGAAGGCACGGAAAUUCCCAAAACUUGGUUCAGUAAUGAAGAAAAAUCGCUCGUUCUCGAUAAUGUACUCGACGGUGACUCAUGGAUUUACUUCAAUGUCAAUCGCACGGGGUACUAUCGUGUCAAUUACGAGCCCGCGUUAUGGCAAAAACUCAUUUACAACUUUACAGAACUUCCGCCAAUAGCGAGAGCGCAAAUUAUUGACGACGCUUUUUACUUGUCGCGUGCAGAAUUCGCCGAAUACGAAGUUCCGCUGACUUUGAUCCUCGUUGCGGGCAUUUAUCCGUACGAUAUUUUGAGUUGGAGUGCCGUUGAUUCGGGAAUUACGUAUUUGACGAGGAUGUUGAGACGCGAACCAGCCUUUGAGGAGUUCAGAGCGUUUAUGAAAGCCAUUUUUAAGCCGAUGUAUGAAAAAAUUGGGUUUGGCGAGGGCGAUGAGGAAGACGAUUUGAUGGUAACGCAUCGUGCGAGAAUGUUGAAAUUGAUUUGCGACUUUAAGAUUGAUCGAUGCACGCAUGCCGCGCAAACUAUUUUCAGGAAUUGGAUGGCGAAUCGCAAUGAAAAUAAAAUCCCUCCAAACUUGAAACACGUCGUCUACUGCACCUCAAUUCGCGAAGGAGGCGUACCCGAAUGGUCUUUCUUGUACAAAAGAUACUUGGAAACGACAAAUAUGAACGAGAAACAGAUAAUUUUGAGUGCUCUCGGAUGCACAACGGAAGUCUUUUUACUCACAAAAUACCUCAACCUCACAAUCGACCCCUCAUCGGGCAUCCAGAAGCAAGAUGCCUCGUUAGCGUUCGUUUCUGUCGCCAAAAACUACAUGGGCUAUGAAGUAGCAUUCGAUUUCUUGUACACAAACAUCGAAUUUCUCGCUGGAUACUUUGGCGACGGCUUCUCAACUUUGUCAAAAAUGAUCGAUUCCGUCACGACGUACAUGAACAAGGAGUAUCAUCAACAGCAAUUUGAUCGUUUUGCGAAAAAAGCAAGAAAAUCCGGCUUAAAAGCCAUUGAAAAGAGUAUUCAUUUGGCAGAAGAGCGAAUUCGUAAUAAUGUCCAUUGGCGAAAUAAUUCGUACUUUAAGCUGCAAAAAUAUCUGCAAAAUGUUAUUCGUGAUAUGGGCAUUAAUGUGUACUAAAGAGCCGUCCUUGUAUGAGAGACGAAUUGAAAUUGUGAUACUUCCUUGCAUUAAAAACACACGAAAAAUUGAUUUGAGGGAAAAAACGUACUGCUUCUGAAAAAAAAUUUAAUUUUAAAGUAGAAUUUAAGAAAAUCUGUAAUUAUAUUUAAGAUAAAUUGACUAAAAAACGUCGAAAAAGUGCUUUUUGAAAGCAGCCUCGCACCAAAAUGCUUAAAAAAUGCGAACACACAACAAGUCAAAGAAUGUAGUAUUAUUAGAAGAAAAGCUUUUUUGAUUUAAUUUUUUUUUUUGUAUUUUACUAAAUUAAAUUUUCGAGCAAAAAA